ACGAUUUUACACUCUUCGCUUCCGGGAAAAACAUUGGAACUACACAACUUAUUCUACAGGAAACCUUAAAUCAACUCAGCACCUUUUCCCUAAAUACUGGCUUCAAGUUCUCUGAAUCAAAAUCAACAGCUAUAAUUUUCAAUAGAAGUUCUACUGUACAAGAUAAGCCAAGGCUGUUCCUUGGAAAUCGUAUUCUUUCUGUAGUCAACCAAGUCAAAAUUCUUGGACUCAUGUUUGACAGCAAACUUACGUGGAUACCUCACAUCAAGCAAAUCAAAGAAACAUGUGCUAAUAUCAUGAAAGCAAUAGCAUCCAAAACGUGGGGAGCAGACUUCAAAAUCUUAAUUAGUACAUAUAAAGCUUUAAUUAGAUCUAAACUUGAUUAUGGAUCGGUAGUGUACAGUCCGGCUAAAUUAACGACACUAAAAAAAUUGGAAACAAUUAAGAACAGUGCAGCGAGAAUUGCAACGGGAGCUUUCUGCACUAGCCCUGUAGUAGGCUUGCUAAGUGAAGCAAACCUGCCACCACUUGACUACAGAAGAAUGCAAUUAACUCUUUCAUAUACUCUAACCACUGCAUCAUCUCCAUGUAAUCCGACGAAGGAAAUAAUUUUCUCAAAGAAAUUUACCCACCUAUUUAAUAACAGGAUCAAAUCACCGAAGCCAAUUAACAUUCGCAUUGCUAAUAUAUUCGAACAGUUGCACAUACCGCUCCCUAACAUCUUUCAAAUUAAAGUGAUUAACACUCCACCCUGGACAUUGAAGAUACCAACACUGAUUGACCUCAACAUUCCAUCGAAGGAAUUUGAAAACCACGAUCUCUUGAAAGCAUCCUUCCUAGAAAGUUCCAGCCAAUUUUCAGACUAUUCACCUAUAUACUGUGAUGGAUCUAAAGCACAAUUGGGUACUGGAUGUGGUCUAGUGACUCCUGAAGGAAAUAUUGGCUUUAAAUUGCCAGAUUACUUUUUAGUUCUCUCAUGCGAGGCAUAUGCUAUAUUGGAGGGGCUGAAGUACAUCGGAAAAGCUAAUAACAAUGACAAAUUCAUUAUCUACUCAGACUCUAUGAGUGCACUUACUGCCCUUCAUGUUACUGAACCCAAAAACCCUAUUAUUAGACAAAUUAUUGAGAAGUACAACGAAAUUCUGUCAAACAAACAAGCUACUGAAAUUUUGUUUGGGUGGGUUCCAUCACACAUUGGGAUUGCGGGAAACGAAAGGGCUGACAAAGUCUCAAAAGGGGCCGCUAAUUCACCCCGUCAUCCCCUCAAUACACCUAUCUAUCACAAAGAAGUCUUCAAAUCAUUUUUCAAGAUUCUCAAAGAACACUGGAAUCUGUCCUGGAAAAGUGGCCAUAAGUCACACAUUCAUCGUACCAGGAAUAAUAUCUACGAGAUGAGUCCUGCAUUAUCGUUCGACAGGAGGCACCAAGUCGUUUUAACAAGGAUAAGGAUUGGCCACACAAGCCUAACACACGCCCACCUAUUGGAGAAGAAAAAUCCACCAAUGUGCAACACCUGCCAGACUGUUAAUUCGAUUGAGCAUAUCACUACCUCUUGCCCGAAAUGCCAAUGGGAGAGAACAUUCUACCAAAUUGAUGGAAACUCCAGAGAAGUAGCAAGGACUGCAGAUUCUUGCUUAAGAGUACUACAAUUUCUUAAACAUAUAAACAUAGUUCAUUUAAUUGAACUUAAUCUCUGUGUCUAG